AUGUUUCGGACGCAGUGUAGCCUCGAUGACCGCGUGGGCAUGUAUUCGACCCUUUCUGGCGAGGUAGAGAUGUGUAUUGAACAUUACAAGGGAGAAGACAAGAUGCCGUCAGAGCUCCGGCAUCCGAUUCAAGGACGCAUGCUUGUCAACGUCCCAUCCGCGCCGUGCCAGCAGGACGAAGCAUGCAGCGCAUAUCAGAUGGGCUUCUGCGGCGGUGGGCCACAGACCAGUUCCGGAAAGCUCCUUCGCGUUCCAGACUAUUGUUCGAGCUCGCAGCAUUAUUGCACUUGCAUGGCCGCGAUUCAACCCUGUGGGACAAAGGGAUACUUCACGUUUGGUUUCAAACCGAAGGAGGUCUUGUCUCGUUGCGAGGGUGAUGAUUGCGAAGAAACUAUAUCCAUCGAAAUUCCUUAUUGGCCUGUCAUGAGGAUGGGCCUCUUGUCAGGAGGUUGUCAACAGGUCCAAAAAUGCACAUUGGAAAACGUGCAGAUCUGGAUUGAGCACGAAUGCGAGGAACGCAAUCUGUUCAGUCCACUGGAUCCCAGUGCCACGAUUUGGAGAGAAUUGCAGCACGAGUUAGAUGUAAUUCCAGAUGUGUCGUUCGGUUUUUUUUGGCCCUCGACCAUCUCAGAGUCCGUCUCCAGGACGGGUUCCGCCGCGAAGACGCUCUUCUUCGGUUUCAUGCUGUGUGCUUCGUUGUGCCUCCUGGCGUCAGGGUACACUACACAGAUGAAGACCGUAGACUUGCCGUCGCUGGUUAUCCCAAUCAUCGGCGUUGAGUUCAAUACCAUGAGGUCUUGGUUUCCUCCGAUCGGGCUCAUCUUGUUAUCUGCCGUCCCGAUGGUCCCUGCGAGCCAGAUGCACGAUUUCCCUGGUGUCCUACUCACGUCUGUGCAUCUAGUGGGAGCGCAGUUCUGCUUUGUCGUGUACCUGGUGUGCGAAGGUAUGGCUCUAAUUGACCGUGAGAAUGCUCGCGAAAUGAGGGAGAACAACCGUUCGGAGUGGUGCGUGCGCUUUGGCCUGUUCCUGACCGGGUCUAUCGCCAUGCUUCUCUUCGUGAAUUCAUGGGCCUUUCUCGCUGUCUUUGGGGGGGGUGAGACGACCCCGUACCUUGGGACUUUUCCAGAUUGGGGCUACAGCGACUUCUAUAAGACCAUUCACACUGGUGAGACGUUUCUGCUGCGUCCGGCAGAGGGUACAUGGCAGACGCUGAAGAUGAUAUCGUACGCUGCGGAGCUCAUCGUGAGCCUGUCGAUCCUCUCGAGCAUGCUCAUGAUUUGGUUCUUCAAUCAUCGGCUUCCCGUCGACAAACCCCAGCUACACGCGAGAACUGUCAUGUGCCGCGGGAAGUCGGAUCCAGAAUACCAGGAUUCGUGA